GCUAGCGCCAUCAUCGGAGACAGUAUGGAAGAAGCUGGACUUCCGGAAAACUCCUGGCUGAGAGGAUAUUUUUGGUCAACUACUUUUGUGUCUGUUGUGUUAGGUGUGAUUGUAUUGCAUUAUUCAUCUCCCCUGUAUUUUGUUUUUGCUGUUGUUUUAAAGUCAAAUUGGGUUAUAUCGUGGGCAAAGUUUGGUGGUGGGAUUAAAUGGGAAUAAUGGGCAUCCUGCAAAUGAAUUUGAUAUUAUAUUUUUGGAGGGUGUGAUUGUACAGAACAAUUAAUCAAUGUUGUCGGUAUAGUGUUUUUGAGUCUUUGGUAUUUGUUAAAUACAAUUGAUUUUUGUUCUUUGUAAAAAUAAUGGGUAUACGACUGGAAGCAUCAGAACGCAUCGACGAAGGAGGCACAGGGUGGAGAUAUUUAAUGAGAUUGAGGAUCACAUAGAGCGCAUGAAGGAGAGAGGACUGGUGGAACGUGAUGAUAUUAAGUUGUAGAGAGGAGAUAAAUACAAAUCAACUUUCAGCUCUAAGGAAAUUUGGAAACUGAAAAGAGUGCCUCGAGCAAAGGUGAAUUGGAGCAAUGGGAUCUGAUUUGCUUUUAAUACACUUAAAUACUCUUACAUAGCUUGGCUUGCAAUCCUCAAUAGACUUGCAACAGGAGACAUGAUUCAACAAUGGAACACUCAACACACCAGCUUUUGUGUGUUCUGCAAUGAUCCGAUGGAGUGAAGAGCUCAUCUUUUCUUUGUAUGCAAAUUUUCAGAGGAGGUUUGGAAAUGUUUAACCCAGAAGCUGUUAGCUAUGCGCUAUACCUGCCAAUGGGACCAAGUUAUACCACUGCUGCUUGAUCAAAACAGAGACAAAACAGAGCUUUUUAUUGUGAGAUAUGUGCUCUAAUCAACUUUGUAUGUUAUAUGGAGGGAAUGCAAUCAACGUAAGCAUGGAGAAGGACCAAUGGCACCAGGAUAUGUAAUAAAAAUGGUGGACAAGAACGUUUGGAACAGGCUCUCUUCCAUUCGUGAUAAGGUGCACACGGGUGGUUUAUCCCUUUGAUUUGGAACAAGAUAGCUCCUGAAGCUUAAGCCUGAUUUUAUAAAAAUUUAUAUACCACUAUAACACAAAGUGCAAAACAGCUUUUUUGUUUGAAUUAAUUUAACAUUCUUUCAAAAAAAAUAAUAAUAAUAAUAAUACACAUCACUUUGAAUCAUAUGAAUCAUUUCUUGAUCUCCAAGUUAUGAUCUCUUUAAAUGAUAUGUACUUGGUGGAACUAUGAUUUCAAAAUGUUAUGUACUUGGUAGAACAAAUGUUAUAUCAUAUGAAAGGGGUACAGUUGAGCAUAAACAAGUUUUGGUACUUAAAGAAAGAUCUAGAUCUGUAAUUUGUAAAUUCUCAUAUGUUAGAUCAUUGCUUACAGAUAUUUUUGGUGUGAUUAAUAGUUGACAGUUAUAAAAUAAAGAAAUAGGGAAGAAACUGAAGUGAUAAAUAAAGGUUCCUAUUGGUGAUAUCUAUUCUAUUAAAACAGCAGUGUGACCCAUUGAUAUAGGUUCAGUCCAACAAUAUUCCUUCAAAACCUACUUAAAAAAAAUAACCAACUCUUUUAUAACUACAUCUAAAUAUACAUAUAUCUUCCUCUCACGUAGUCUCUUCUUUUUUUGCUAUAUUCUAGGAGCCUCCAUAACUUCCUUUUUUCUUUUGACAAUAAGAACCCAUAACUCUCAUCUAUGAGAACUUAUAAUUUAUUUAUUUCAUUUUAAAGUUGUUUUGUUUAAUUAACCAAUGCAGAUUAUGUAAAAAAAUUAUAUUUUAUUCUCAGUGUAGAGAUCUUUGACGGGGGUGAUUUGUCGUGACUUCUUUCUACUUAGUCAGCAACGCAGAAUAUUGAAAAAAUUAUGUAUAGUGUUAGUUUGUGUAAAAUCCUAUUUAUUCUUAAUUGUUUGUGUUUUUCCAAAUAAAUUUAAGAACUAUGAAGAAAAAAUGAUGAACAGCUUUUCACGGGCUCAUUUAAUAAAAUACAUUUUACAUUGGAAGCAAAUGAUAUAAAUCCACUUUGCAAGCCCAGUAAAAUUAAAAUUAUUUUAAUUAUAUAAUCAAAAAUCCAAACAAUAAAUGUAUAGAUGUAAUAAAGUAAAAAAAAAUGAAAACUUGCAAUUUAUAGAAAUAAAAAGUUUUUAAAAUAAUAAAAUAGGUUUUCAAAACUAAAAAAUACGCUUUUUUAUUGUAAAAGAAUAUGGAUUGAUGUAAAGAAUAAACUUGGUUAAUAAUUACAGAAGAAUUUGGCAUAAUAAUUAAAUUAAAUUUAAAAAACAGUUUAAAAAAUUAAAAUGUUAAAAAUGAAAUUAAUACACAUUCCCUAAGCGUAUAAAAUUAAUAUACUUACAAUAUAUAUAUAUAUAUAUAUAUAUAUAUAUAUAUAUAUAUAUAUAUAUAUAUAUAUAUAUAUAUAUAUAUUUAACAGAAAAUAUUAAAAUUAUUUUUUCACAUUAAAAAAUUGUUCGUUCUUCGGAGCGGAUUGGGGCGGAUUAGAUUUAAUAUUGGUUUUCGGAUAUAACAUUAUAAGAAUUAUUCGGAUAUAUAGUCAGGUCUAAUUGAGUACAAGACUUGAUUUUCCGGUCGAUUCCAAAAUUGGUUUUUUUAUAUGAAUAUUUUUUGACUAAUUAUGUUAGGUAACUAUUAAAAAAAUAUAAUAUGUUACAUGAAUAAAGUUUAAAAAUAAUUUCAGAAAUACAUAUAGCACAGUGUAUAGUUAUGCAACUUGACAUAUUUAAUACAAGUACCAAAAUUUAAAUUAAAUUAAGUUAAGAUUAAACACAAAUAUGAUUAAAAAACAUAAAUAUUAUUAAUACAUAAAUAUAAAAAUUAAAUGUUUCAAAAAAAAAAUAUAUAUAUACCCGCCCUUUGAAGAGCGGGUCAAAAUCUAGUUUAUUCUAUUAAAUUAUGAACACGACCGGUUGAUAUAUGUUUAGUCCAACUAAUUAUUCUCAUGUUUUAUUCUUUCAAAAUGAAAUAUAACUCCUUAUUUUAUGCAAUAAUAUUCUGGUUUUAAUGUUAAAAAACCGUAACUCCUUAUUAGCUGUAAAAAAGACGUAAUUCUCUAUUUCUUUGCGUAAUGGACGAUUUAAUAACCACAUGUUACUUCUAAAAUCAACAUUAAUUAUAUUAAAACUGUUUUUUUUUUUGCUUUUUGACAGUUUUUACACGAGCCUAAUAAUAAUAGUAUAUAUAAUUUAUAUUAAAAUAUUUGAAAAUGAUAUUUAUAUUAUAUUACUCUAUUCAAAUGCGUUCAUAUGUAUGAUUUAAAUAUGUUUACAUUGAUAUAAAAUCAUUUCAACCCAUAUAUAUAUUUAACAGAAUAUAUUUAAAAUUAUUUUUUCAAACAUUUUUCAAAAGAUUUGUUCGGUUUGGAUUGGAUUUGAUAUUGGUUUUCGGAUAUAACACUUUAAGAACCGUUCGAGUAUAUAGGCCAGAUCUAAUGGAGUAUGAUCAGGGGCGAAGCUAGACUUCUUUUUGACUGGGUGCAAAAUAGUUUUCAAAAAUAGGGUUGUGGGAUUUGAACCCAAGUUCUUGGAAAUCAAAGGGUGCAACUUUACCAACUUGGCUACUGACAUCGUGCUUGUCUAAUGUAAAAUGUCAAAUAUUUAAAAUUUAUUGGGUGCAUGCACCCAUAAAAUAUUUAAAAUUUAAAAUAUUAUGAUACUUUGAUUUUCGGAUCGAUUCUGAGUCGGUUUUUUUUUGUACGAAUAUUCUUGACUAGUUAUGUUAGGUAACUAUUAAAAAAAAAUAUAAUAUGUUGCAAAUUUUAGAAAUAUAGUUUAAAAAUAAUUUAUUAAAUGCAUAUGACACAAGUGUAUAGUUAUGCAACUUCACAUUUUUUCACAUAUUUAAUAUAGUUACCAAAAGUUAUAUUAUUAUUUUUUAGUCAGAAACAAACAACAGACUUUGCAUAUUAAAUUAAAUUAAUAUUAUACACAAAUCUGAUUACAAAAAAUAACGUAAAUAUAAAAAUUAAAUUUCUUUAAAAAAGCUCAACUCUUUAUCUGUGAAAUUUUUAAAAUUCUUGACCAAUAGCCAAAAGUAUAAACUAACAAUAUAAAGUGGAAAAUAUGAAAAGUAAAGAAGGAAUCCUAAUAAUUAUAAACAAAAUAAGUAAAAGAGAUAACAAUACGGAAACAAAUCUUUUAUUACAUACGUCCCGAAUAAAGGGGGAAAUGCAUAUUAUGACUUCUUUCCCCACUCGGACAGGUUGUUUUCUAUCUUUAAAAAGAACCAACGAAAUACAUAUUCCUGUCUCCUGUGUUAGCAAUUAGUAUAAACCAUCUCACCAGCUAAAAUGCACUACCACUUCUACGUUGUUGUUGUUGUUGUUUAUCAUCAUUCACCCCCAAGAAUCACUUUCUUUUAAAAAUUCCAAAAUCCAUCAUCAAUGGCGGAUCCUCCAAGAUCCGAAGUCUUUCCUUCUUCCCGGCUCGAUAACGACGCGGGAGCUCUCUUCGUCCUCCAAUCGAAAGGCGAGUGGUGGCACGCCGGAUUUCAUCUGACGACGGCGAUCGUGGGGCCGACGAUAUUGACGUUACCAUACGCGUUCAGGGGGUUGGGAUGGUGGUUAGGGUUUGUGUGCCUGACGACGAUGGGACUCGUCACUUUCUACGCUUACUACCUCAUGUCCAAGGUUCUUGAUCACUGUGAAAAAUCCGGCCGCCGUCAUAUCCGAUUCCGGGAACUCGCCGCCGACGUUCUCGGAUCAGGAUGGAUGUUUUAUGUAGUGAUAUUCAUUCAAACAGCUAUCAACACUGGAAUCGGAAUUGGCGCCAUUCUACUCGCAGGCCAAUGCCUUGAAAUAAUGUAUUCGAGCCUUUUCCCACAAGGAACCUUGAAGCUCUACGAGUUCAUUGCUAUGGUGACAGCCGUGAUGGUUGUUCUGUCACAGCUCCCAAGUUUUCACUCUCUUAGACACAUUAAUUGUGUUUCUCUUCUUCUCAGCUUAGGCUACACCUUCCUCGUUGUUGCCGCUUGUAUCAACCUAGGCUUGUCUAAACACGCUCCUAAACGUGAGUAUUCACUAGAGCCUUCGGACUCAGGGAGAGUAUUUAGUGCCUUCACAUCCAUUUCGAUCAUUGCUGCUAUUUUCGGAAAUGGAAUUUUGCCUGAAAUACAGGCAACUCUUGCCCCACCAGCUACAGGGAAGAUGUUGAAAGGACUAUUGUUGUGUUAUAGUGUGAUCUUUUUCACGUUCUACUCGGCUGCAAUUUCUGGUUAUUGGGUAUUUGGUAAUAAUUCAAGCUCUAAUAUUCUCAAGAACCUAAUGCCUGACCAAGGACCGACUCUGGCUCCUAUUGUCGUCAUUGGCCUAGCGGUCAUCUUUGUUCUUCUUCAGCUCUUCGCCAUUGGCCUUGUGUAUUCUCAAGUUGCGUAUGAGAUAAUGGAGAAGAAAUCGGCGGAUACAACAAAAGGGAUGUUCUCGAGACGCAACCUGGUGCCGCGUUUGAUUCUAAGAACGCUAUAUAUGGCGUUUUGUGGGUUCAUGGCAGCGAUGCUGCCCUUCUUUGGGGAUAUAAACGCGGUGGUAGGAGCGAUUGGGUUUAUCCCACUCGAUUUCGUGCUGCCAAUGCUUCUGUACAACAUGACAUACAAGCCUACGAAAAAGAGCUUCACGUAUUGGAUAAACAUGACGAUAAUGGUUGUGUUCACUUGUGCGGGACUCAUGGGAGCUUUCUCAUCUGUUAGGAAACUUGUUCUUGAUGCUAAUAAGUUCAAGUUGUUUAGUAGUGAAGUUGUUGACUAGAUGCUUUAUCAUAGAGCAUAUUGAUGAUACAUAGACGCACUUUUUGUGUACAUGUUUUUUUUUGGGUUAACGUCCUUAAAGAGUUUUUCCGGUGGUUGACCAAAAGAGGUUUGCGGUGAUUUUUAGUUGAAAAAUAUUAAAUUUUCUUACG